UGCAGAAAUGUGCAUUAAUCUGAUCCUAAAAAGCAGCUGUCACUUGGAAAAGGUUGGUGACCUCUGUCACUCAUCAUCCUGGUCUUGAAAUUGUAAAAGGACAUUCAUGGACCAGCAUACAAGGUGUAUUAUCUACGCGAAUGACGCCUGUGGUUGGUCAACCUGCAUUAAUCUGGAUGCGGGGGGGGAAAAGACAUACAGGACACGGUCAAGAAAUGAAGACGAGGAAAAGGUAAAGAGAUGAAGCUGUAUAAAAGCUCCGCCUCUUAACGAAUCUAUUUCCUUUAAAACCAGGAUUUGCCAUCCAUCCCAAGUAUUUGUAAAAAAAAUAAAUAAAACUCCUAGUAUGGAGAAAAUCAAAUAAAACGGCACUAAUGUACUAUAUUUCUUAUCGGAAUCAUCUGAAUCUCAUCUUGAGAGAUAGAUUAAUUAGGAUACUGUAUUCUACAGUAACGGGGCUAUUUUGAGUCCGAACGCGAAACAAUGUUUCGACUGACGUUUCUGUGGAUUCUGUGGCUACUACUCACCAAUAUGUGUCGGAGUUUUGUGCAUGACCGACUGAAACGCUCAGGGGCUGACGCCGCUGCAAGAGCAGACCUGCAUUCUACAUCUCAUUAUGUGCCAACUUCUAGCUCCUGCAGAAACAGGUGUUUUGAACUUGUUGAGAUGGAACCACCAAAUUGUCGUUGUGACAAUCUAUGUAAGACCUACAAUAGCUGUUGCUCUGACUUUGACCGUCUCUGCCUCAGGACAGAUGGUGGCUAUGAGUGCAGUAAAGAUCGUUGUGGGGAGAUCCGGAAUGAAAACCAUUCCUGCCACUGCUCAAAUGACUGUCUCGCCCGGGGAGACUGCUGCACCAACUACAGGACACGCUGCAAAGGAGACAGUCCAUGGCUCCAGGAUGAAUGUGAAGAUAUGAAGACCGCUGAAUGUCCUCCAGGAUUUGUGCGCUCACCACUCAUAAUUCUUUCAGUGGAUGGUUUCCGAGCUUCUUACAUGAAGAGAGGGAAUACUGUCAUACCUAACAUUGAGAAACUGAGAACAUGUGGAACCCAUGCACCAUUUAUGCGACCUGUGUAUCCCACCAAAACCUUCCCCAACCUCUACUCACUUGCGACGGGUCUCUAUCCAGAGUCUCACGGUAUCGUUGGUAACUCCAUGUAUGACCCGGUCUUUGAUGCCACGUUCACCCUGAGAAGCCGAGAGAAACUGAAUCACCGCUGGUGGGGAGGACAACCAAUCUGGAUCACAGCUCUCAAACAAGGAGUCAAGGCAUCGUCCUUCUUCUGGCCUGUCACUAUCCCACUGGAACGGCGGAUACUGACCAUGUUGCAGUGGCUCCAACUCCCUGAAGUAGAGAGACCCUACGUUUAUGCAAUGCACUUUGAGCAGCCGGACAUAUACGGACAUAAAAUGGGACCCAUGAGCAUCGAAUUGAAUAAUCCUCUUCGGUUGAUUGAUAGGAUCGUAGGUCAACUCAUGAAUGGACUUAAGCAGUUGAAAUUGCAGCGAUGCAUCAACGUCAUCAUAGUUGGAGAUCACGGUAUGGAAGAGGCCCAUUGUGGUCAAACGGAGUUCCUCAGUAAUUACUUGACAAAUGUGGAUGACAUCAUUCUUAUUCCGGGAUCCUUAGGCAGAAUACGCCCCAGAUUCUUCAACAACCCAAAAUAUAACCCUAAGGCGAUUGUUGCAAAUCUAACUUGUAAGAAACCAGACCAGCAUUUUAGGCCUUAUUUAAAGCAGAAUCUACCAAAGAGACUCCACUACGCCAAUAACCGACGGAUUGAGGAUGUGCAUCUACUGGUGGACAGGAAAUGGCACAUUGCCAGGAAAGCACCUGAGGUGAAGAGGCUUUGUGGCUUUUUUGGUGACCAUGGAUAUGAUAACAAAAUUAACAGUAUGCAGACCAUUUUCUUGGGAUAUGGGCCUUCCUUUAAAUUUAAGACUAAAGUUCCAGUAUUUGAAAGCAUUGAGCUUUAUAAUCUUAUGUGUGAUCUUCUAGGUCUAACCCCAGCACCCAAUAACGGAACACAUGGCAGUUUAAACCACCUACUGAAGAACCCUUUCUACAAACCUACAAUGCCAGAAGAAGUUUCGAAGCCAACCACUUCGGUUCAAGUUCACACAGGAACAGACGAUCUAGGCUGCAACUGCAAUUACAAGUUUCAAGUAAAACGACGGGACCAAAGAGGUUUGAAAGUGACCAUUGCACGAAGCUAUAAUCUGGAAUCACUCUGGCUCUGUUUCUUACACAACCAAGUGGAGGAGCUAAACCAGCGACUGAAGCAAGCUAUUGAUGACAACAGGAAUAUGCCAUACGGUCGACCUGCAGUACGAUACUAUACAAAGUAUUUCCUUCUGCACCACACCGACUAUGUCUGUGGUUACAACGAGGAUCUUGCGAUGCCUCUCUGGACAUCAUACAGCAUUAGCCGACAGGUAGAAGUGUCUGCUCUGCCAGAAGUCCUGAUAAAUUGUGUUCGGCCCGAUACUCGAGUUCCAUCAGCCUUUACCCAGUCCUGUAUGAAGUACAAGGCAGAAAAACAUCUCACUUAUGCCUUCCUAUACCCACCACAACUGUCCACUGGCAUUGACAAAAAAUAUGAAGCUGUUUUCAUAACCAACACUAUUCCUAUGUAUCCCGCAUUCAAGAAAAUAUGGUCUUAUUUUCAGAGGGUCCUUUUGAAGAAGUAUUCCACUGAAAGAAAUGGUUUGAAUGUUCUCACUGGACCGAUAUUUGAUAAUGACUUUGACGGUGUAAAGGACUCAACUGACAAGAUUAAAGAGUAUGCACGUGGUACAAUACCCAUCCCAACUCACUUUUUUGUGGUUCUAACCAGCUGCUUAGACUUCAGACAGGCUGCAGAUUCAUGCAGUGGCCCCCUCAGCACUGCUGCCUUCAUCUUGCCACACAGACCGAGCAAUGAUGAGAUUUGCAAUAGCUCAGAUGAGGAGUCCAACUGGGUGGAGGACCUGAUGAAGAUCCACACAGCUCGGGUCAGAGAUGUUGAAAUCCUGACAGGUCUGGACUUGUACCGUAGAACCACACGAAGUUAUGCUGAAAUCCUGUCAUUGAAAACUCAUAUGCACACUUAUGAGAGUGAGAUAUAAGUUGAAUGCUCAUACUUUUGUUGGACUUGAACAUUUCAAUCACAUUGACUUAGGGGGAAGCUAUUACGAGAUAGUUCAUUGAUCUGCACAUGAGCUUUGGUUCACAUUUCUUCAACACCACUAUGUUUGUCAUUAAUUGUAAAAGUCAGAUAGUAGGAAAGAAAAUUCUUUGUGUGUCUGUUUUUUUAAUGUAUAUAUAUUUUGAUUGUGCUUCAUCAAAUUGAAAGAAACCUGUGAACAUGAGAAGACAUAUUCAAAAUGUUAUUUUACAUGAUUACAGGUAUAUAUUGUACAUGUAUAGUUUCUCGUAAUGUCAUGCACCUCUGGGCAAGCCCGCUGCUGCCAUUGUGAAGAUUAUUCAUUGUUUUAU